GUCAGUUUCACUACCAAUAGGUUGGACACAGAUUUUAUUCGUUCUUGUUUGUUUGCCUGGAAAAUCACCCACGAGCACUAUGGCAGGCUUUGUGUUAAAUGUGUUUUACAGUUUGGGUUUAAUUAGUUCACUGACUUUCAAAAGCAGACUUGGUUAACAAUAAAACUAGGAGAACAUCAUAGUGCUUCUUCGCAACCAAGAAUUCAUACGUGACCAAUUGCAGUUGCCUUGAGAAUUCCAUUCCAUUCCCCAUUCCUCAAACCACAUAAUCUCAUCAUGAGAAACGCUCGCUUUAUCCUCCCUCUUGUUGUUGUGCUUCUGUUUCAUAACUUUGUUACUUCUUUGUCUGUAGAAUCACCCAAUAUCACCACAGACCAAUUGGCUCUUCUUGCAUUGAAAUCCCAUGUAACUUUUGACCCUCAAAAUCUUUUGGAGACCAAUUGGUCGACUGCUACAUCGGUAUGCAAUUGGAUCGGUGUCACUUGCGGAGCCAAGCAUCUCAGGGUCACAGCUCUAAAUCUUUUUGGUAUGGGUCUAGUCGGCACCAUCCCACCUCACUUGGGAAAUCUGUCUUUCCUCUCCAGGCUGAACAUGAGAAACAAUAGUUUUCAUGGCUCAUUACCCAACCAAUUGGCGAAUUUGCACCGGUUGAACAGUAUAAAUUUCGGUAACAACAACCUCAAUGGAGAAAUUCCGUCAUGGUUCGGUUCCUUUACUCAACUUCAAAACUUGUUUCUGUAUGGUAAUAACUUCACAGGUGUACUCCCAUCAUCUCUGUGCUUUUUACCCAAGUUAGAGAUAUUGGUCUUAGAUUAUAAUCAGAUUUCAGGUUCCGUACCUCCCUCAAUUUUCAACCUAUCUUCAUUGCAAGUACUUGAUCUAAGCAACAACAAACUCUCUGAUUCGAUACCCUCCAUUCCAGUCAACACUUCUUCGCUGCAACUCAUUGACCUCUCCUUUAAUCAGAUUUCAGGUUCCAUACCUCCCUCAAUUUUCAACCUAUCUUCAUUGCAAGAACUUGAUCUAAGCAACAACAAACUCUCUGAUUCGAUACCGUCCAUUCCAGUCAACACUUCUUCGCUGCAACUCAUUGACCUCUCCGUUAAUCUUCUCAGUGGUAAUCUCCCGUCAGAUCUGUGUAAUAGAUUUCCUAAUUUGCAAGGGCUUUCUUUAGGUGGGAACCUGCUUACGGGGAAAAUUCCAACUAGUUUAUUCAAAUGCAAAGAGUUAAUGGAAUUGACCUUAUCUUAUAAUCAUUUUGAUGGAAGUUUGCCUUUGGAAAUUGGAAAUUUGACUAUGCUUAAGAAAUUGCUGCUUGAGGGGAUCAAUCUCAAAGGGCAAAUCCCAUGGCAGAUUGGUUCUCUUCUAAAGUUAGAGACACUUAUCUGCUCAGAAAAUAACUUAGAAGGACCUAUUCCUUCAAGUAUUGGGAAUUUAACACUUCUUAAGGUCCUUAAUUUUGAGUCUAACAGCCUGUCAGGUACACUUCCAUUUCAGAUUGGCAACCUACAGAAUCUAGAAGUGUUGGACUUGGUAAAUAAUAGCCUUACUGGUUUCAUCCCUCCAUCAAUCUUUAACAUCUCAACUGCAAAGUCUAUUGGGCUUAAUUUCAAUCGCUUCUCAGGCCAGCUGCCAUCAACCACAGGCCUUGGACUUCCUAAACUGCAAGCGCUUCAUCUUGCAGUAAAUGAACUGAGUGGGCCAAUCCCGAGCUCUAUCUCCAAUGCCUCGCAGCUUAUUUAUCUCCAAUUGUUGAAUAAUUCUUUUUCCGGAGUUAUUCCUGACACCCUUGGCAAUCUAAGAUAUUUAAAACGCCUCGACCUAAGUCAUAACAAUUUAAGUAGUAAUCCUUCAUCUCCAGAAUUGAGCUUUCUCCCAUCAUUGACAAACUGCAAAGAUUUGAACGCGUUGAUAUUUGAUGGUAAUCCCUCGAUCAGAGGCGAACUUCCAGCUGCUCUUGGAAAUUUAUCUGCUUCUCUAACCCUUUUCUAUGCUUCUCUUUGCAACAUUAAGGGCAGCAUCCCAAGAGAAAUUGGUAACUUAACCAGGUUGUUAUGGUUGGGUCUUGACCACAAUGACUUGACUGGAAAAAUACCUACUACAAUCGGAAGAUUGAGAGAUUUGCAAAAUGUCGAUCUUGGAAACAAUAGGCUUGAAGGAUCCAUUCCAUUUGAGUUAUGUCAUCUGGAGAAGUUGGCGUACUUGUCUCUCGCAGGUAACAAACUAUUUGGACCGAUUCCAUCAUGCUUAGGUGAUGUCGUUUCUCUAAGAAAUCUUUUCUUAGACUCCAAUAAUUUUACCUCAAUACCGUCAACCUUGACAAGACUUGAUGGUAUCUUGUUCCUAGAAUUGUCUUCAAAUUCUCUAAGCGGCUCUCUCCCAGAUAUUGGAAAGUGGAAGGUCGUGACCAAUUUAAAUUUGUCAGAUAAUCAGUUCUCAGGUUCUAUCCCAAGCAGCAUUGGUGAUCUCAAAGACUUAACUCAUGUCUCCUUUUCUGGUAAUGUCUUACAGGGUUCUAUUCCUGAGUCUGUAAGUGAGUUAAUAAGUUUGGAAUUCUUGGAUUUGUCAAGAAAUAAUCUCUCAGGAAUGAUCCCCAAGUCCUUGGAGCAACUUUCCUAUCUCAAAUAUUUCAAUGUCUCUUUCAAUAGACUAGAAGGGGAAAUUCCUAGUGGAGGAUCAUUUGGCAACUACUCAAUUCAAUCAUUUAUGGGGAAUAAAGCCUUGUGUGGUUCACCUCGAUUGCAAGUCCCACCUUGCAAAACGAAUCCCUCUAGAAGGUCCAAGAUGGGUACUGAGCUUUUAAAAUAUAUUCUACCAGCAAUUGGCUCAAUAAUAUUGAUAUUGGCCAUGGUUAUAACUUUUUUACGACGUCGAAAUCGGAAAGCUGCAGUGCCAACUGAAGAAAAUUUGCUAGUAUUAGCUGAAUGGAGAAGAAUUUCUUAUCAUGAGCUGGAUCAAGCUACAGAUGGAUUUUCUGAAAGCAAUUUACUUGGAGUAGGGAGUUUUGGGUCAGUAUACCAAGGGACUCUCUCAAAUGGUAUGAGCAUUGCAGUAAAAGUCUUUAAUGUAAAUGUCGAUAGAGCCCUUAAAAGUUUUGAUGUUGAGUGUGAGGUCCUUCGUAGUAUUCGUCAUCGAAAUUUGGUCAAAAUCAUCAGUAGUUGCUCUAACAUUGAUUUUAAAGCCUUGGUACUUGAGCUCAUGCCUAAUGGAAGCUUGGAGAAGUGGUUAUAUUCUCACAACUUUUUUCUGGAUAUUUCGCAAAGGUUGAAUGUAAUGAUGGACAUCGCAUUGGCAUUGGAAUAUCUCCAUCAUGGUCAUACCCCUCCUGUAGUUCAUUGCGAUUUAAAGCCUAACAAUGUCCUCCUAGAUAAAGAUAUGAUUGCCCAUUUGGGUGAUUUUGGCAUUGCAAAACUCUUAGGAGAAGAGGAUUUAAUUCAAACCAUGACGCUAGGAACUAUCGGAUAUAUGUCACCAGAAUAUGGAUCAGAAGGAAUUGUUUCUACAAAAGGCGAUGUGUAUAGUUUUGGUAUUCUUCUUAUGGAAACCUUCACAAGAAAGAAGCCGACAGAUGAAAUGUUUGUGGAAGAAAUGAGCUUGAAGAGUUGGGUGAAAGAGUCAUUACCAUCUGCAGUGGUUCAUGUUGUAGACACAAAUUUGCUAAAUACCGGAGAAAGAGAACGCUUAGCAGCAAAGGAUUGUGUGUUAUCCGUUUUGCAAUUAGCAUUAGGAUGUUCAGCAGAGUUACCAGAGGAGAGGAUUGAUAUGAAAGAAGUUGUUGCAAGCUUGAAGAAAAUCAAGGUCAAGCUUAAUCAAUAAGCUAGACUACAAAUAGGUUGGUCAAGCUUAAUCAAUAAGCUAGACUACAAAUAGGUUUUCUAGUUUUCUCAAAAUGAAUAUAAAGAAGACAUUUAUUUUAACUUCUUUUUUAAUUUUUGACUCCAUGUAAACUUAAAUGGAGCAUUUAAUAAGUGCACUAGUCACAAAGUUUGGGGAUGAUCUCUUCCCGCCUGUUUCUCUUACAAA